AUGGCGGCGGUCGGCGCGGCGCUGGCGCUGGCGCUGGCGGCGGCGGCGGCGCUGGCGGCGGCGCUGUGGCGGCGGCGGGCGGCGGCGGGCGGCGCGGGGCGGGUGUGCGUGGUCGUGCUGGGAGACCUGGGCCGCAGCCCGCGGAUGCAGUACCACGCGCUCUCGCUGGCCCGGCACGGGCGGGCCGUGGCGCUGCUGGGCUACCUCCAGAGCAGGCCGCACGGCGAUGUGCUGCGGAACGGCAGGAUACGGCUGGUGCCGCUGUCUGACCUGCGGGCGCUCAGAGUGGGCCCAAAGCUGCUCCAGUACGUCCUGCGUGUGGCUGUCCAGGCGGUGCAGCUGCUGUGCGCCCUGCUGAGGCUGGAGCGGCCGUCCUGUGUGCUCCUGCAGAACCCUCCAGGCCUGCCUGGCAUUGCUGUAGCCUGGGCAGCCUGUCUCUUCUGGAGAAGCAAACUGAUCAUUGAUUGGCACAACUAUGGCUUCACCCUGCUGAGUCUGACUCAUGGAAGAAACCACCCCCUGGUGCAAGCUGCCAAAUGGUGUGAGAGGCUGUGUGGCCGUCUGUCUGACCACAACCUGUGUGUCACCCAGGCCAUGAGAGAGGACCUGUGGCUCAACUGCAGCAUCAGGGCAGUGACUCUCUAUGACAAGCCAGCUGCUCAUUUCAAGGAAACCCCUUUAGCUCUGCAGCAUCAUUUGUUCCUCAAGCUUGCCAAGGACCAUGAGCCUUUCAGAGCAGUACAGAGGCUGUCAGUUGGGAGUGGCCAGAGCUCUGCUUUCACAGAAGUGGAUGAGCAGAGUGGAGAGGUGAGGAAGGCCAGCGGCCGCCCAGCGCUCCUCGUCAGCAGCACCAGCUGGACAGAGGAUGAAGACUUUUCAGUCCUUUUGGAAGCUUUGGAAGGUUAUGAACAUUCCAUCAGGGAGGGAGCCAAGCUUCCAUCUCUGGUCUGUGUGAUAACAGGGAAAGGACCUCUCAAGGACUACUACAAUGGCCUGAUACAUCAGCUGCACUUCAAACACAUCCAGAUCUGCACACCCUGGCUGGAAGCUGAGGAUUACCCCCUGCUGCUUGGCUCAGCAGACCUUGGAGUGUGUCUGCACACAUCAUCCAGUGGGUUGGAUUUGCCCAUGAAGGUGGUGGACAUGUUUGGCUGCUGCUUACCUGUCUGUGCAAUCCAUUUUGCAUGCUUGCCUGAACUUGUGAAGCACGAGGAGAAUGGGCUGGUAUUUAAGGACUCAGCUGAGCUUGCAGAACAACUCAAGAUGCUGUUCUUUGGUUUCCCCUCCCUGGAAGGCAAACUUCACAGCUUCAGAGAGAACCUCCGGGCCUCCAAGCAGCCAGGCUGGGAGGAGAGCUGGGACCAGACUGUGCUUCCCCUGCUGGAGCACAGAGAGUGACCCUGGAGGGGCAGGGGGAAGAGGGUGACAGAGAAGCUGAAGCAUUCCUGGGGCUGCCCAGAUGUGGUGAAUGGUGGAAUAAACACUUUGUGUGGGCUGGA